GAGCGUGCUGGUAUGUCACCAUCAGAUGUGACAAAGUUUAUUCAAAACAUACGACGAGCUUUUCGAGAACUUGAAACUCUUCCAAUCCCAUCAAUUGCCGUAAUCGAUGGCGCGGCCGUAGGCGGGGGUUUUGAACUAGCUCUUUGCUGCGAUUUGAGAGUCGCUGGUGAAAAUGCUAAAUUAGCACUUCCGGAAACGAGACUAGCCAUCAUUCCUGGGGCCGGAGGAACACAACGAUUAGCACGAGUGAUUGGAAUUGCAAAAGCAAAAGAAUUGAUUUAUACUGGUCGUAUUUUGGGCCCCCAAGAGGCGUUGAAUCUUGGUCCUAUUGCUCUUCGAAUGGCAAAAUUGGCUAUUGACCGGGGUAAUCAGUUGGAUUUAGAUUCAGCUUUAGAAUUUGAAAAUGCAUGCUAUGAACAAGUUAUUCCAACUGAAGAUAGGAUAGAAGGGUUGAAGGCUUUUAAAGAUAAAAGGCCUCCA